AUGCUAAACGAAGAAUUAAAUCAUAUUAUUAAUGAUUAUGAUCAAUUUAAACAAAGAAUUAAUGAACAAAAACAAAAUCCAUUUAAUCUUUCAUUAAUAGAACAAAUUAAUCGAUGGGAAAUAAGUUCAAUUGAAAAAAUUCAACAAAAAGCAAAAGAUUAUAGAGAAUAUAUCAUUAAAUCUUUACAACCAUUUAUGAAUGACGUUGAAAUGAAAUUUAAAGAUUUACGUGAACAAAUAAGACAAAUUCAUCAAGAAAAUGAAUUUAAUGAAAUUAAUUUAAAUUAUUUUAGAAAUCAAUUGAUGGAUAUUACAAAAGAAUUAAAUAAUUCAACAAAUCUUUCUAUUCAACAAGAUUCACAAUCAUUUAUUAAUGAAAUUUCGAUUAUUUCAUCAAAAAAAUCGAAACUCAAUAAAUGGAAACAAAAUGCCAUCACUGUAGCUGCUGGAAAUGGCAAAGGACCGGAAUUAAAUCAACUCAAUAAUCCUAAUGGACUCUCUGUUAACGGAAAGAAAAAUAUUUUUAUUGCUGAUUUUUGGAAUCACCGUAUUGUUGAAUGGAAAUAUAAUGCAAAGAAAGGACAAAUCAUUGCAGGUGGAAAUGGUAAAGGAAAUCGAAUGGAUCAGUUAAAUAAUCCAACAGAUGUAAUUGUUGAUCAACAAAAUCAUUCUAUCAUCAUUUCGGAUCAAGGGAACAGACGAGUGAUUCAAUGGUUCAAUCAAAAUCAACAAAUUCUCAUUGAGAAUAUUCACUGUUAUGGUUUAGCAAUGGAUAAAAAUGGUUUUCUUUAUGUUUCUGAUUGGAACAAGAAUGAAGUGAGACGCUGCAAAAUGGGCGAAAAUAACAAAGGAAUUAUAGUGGCAGGUGGAAAUGGAAAAGGAGAUAAAUUAAAUCAACUCAACAAUCCUACUUUUAUCUUUGUUGAUGAAGAUCAAUCUGUUUAUGUAUCAGAUAAAGACAAUCAUCGUGUGAUGAAAUGGAUAAAAGAUGCAAAAGAAGGAAGAAUUGUUGCUGGAGGAAAUGGUAUUGGAAGAAAUCUCAAUCAAUUAUCUGCACCUAGAGGAGUAGUUGUUGAUCAUUCGAGUCAAAUCUAUGUGGUAGAUUGUGAGAAUGAUCGAGUGAUGCGUUGGUGUGAAGGAAAAGAAGAAGGUGAAAUUGUUAUUGGUGGCAAUGGAAAAGGAGAUCAAUCAAAUCAAUUGAAUUGUCCUCGUGGUUUAUCUUUCGAUGACGAAGGAAAUCUUUAUAUUGUUGAUUGGGGAAAUUAUCGAAUCGAAAAAUUUGAAAUAACUUUGUAA